GUUGGUUUGCUGAAUUCGAUCUUCUCUUUUCCGCCAUUCGAUCAAAAUCUGGAAAUUGCAAAAUUUUCUUUCUGCAGAUCAAAACCCAAUUUGCCUUCUCCUCUCUUUCUAGAAUCCUCGCUGUUAUCUUUUAUCCGUCUUUUACCGAUGGAUUCUGGAGUGCUCGUAGAACCCUACACCUCAGAUUUGUGCACGAAACUAUAAUUUAUUUCGUUAUUUUCAGAUUUAGGGUUUUUCAAUUCGAAAUUUUCGGUUUGUUGGGUGAAAUUUUGGGGGUUAUAGCCUUCUGACUUUAGAAUGAGCUAGUUUUUUUCUUUUUAAGCUUUACUUUCUCUGGAGAUUUUACCAUUUCUGGCCGAAAACCUUAGAUUUUCCUGUUACUGUACAUAUAGCUGAUGAUCAUGACGACCUGGUGAAGUUGCUGCUGCUGCUGCUAAAUCGUUGUUAGGUUUUGCUAGUUGGGAUCAUGCGUCUCCUUUGAUUUGAAUGUUUGUUAUUUGGGGUUUACUUGAGAGAAUGAAUACAUUAGGUGCUGUUAUGUAACUUCCAAUACCAGAUUAUUAUAAGAAGAUUUGCUUUUUCUUUUUUCUUUGGGUAUUUAUUUACCAUAAGAGAACUACUGUAGAGCAGCUUCAUUAAGCGUUGAGAUCUUGUUACGUCUACAAUGAGUAUACCUGAUGAACAACAAUUUUCCAUGGAUCAACUUGAUGAAUCAAAUAAGAAACCGAGAAUUUCAUACACGAGAAACUUUCUUUUAUCCUUGAAAGAUAAAGAUGUUUGUACGAAGCUGCCAAAUCUUCCCACUGAGUUUAAUGAUUUACUCUUGCGUGACACCGAAGAUCCUUCACCCGAGCGGCUGAGAAUUUCUGGCGAUUUUGGUUUGAGACGGAAUGACUACAGUUCAUCGCCUCCCACUAGGGGUGAAUUAGGUAGCAACUCCCGAGGCACCCAUGGAAGAUGGGAGGGGCGCUCAGGUGGAUGGAAUGAUAAAGAUGCUGAUUCUUCACAUUCAGACCGGGACCCAGGAGAGCGUGGAAGGCGUUCUGGCUUGCCGUCUCGGAGGCCUUGGCAACCACCGGAGCAUGAUGGACUUCUUGGGAAAGGUUCUUUCCCUAAGCCUUCUGGAUUUGGUGCGGGAUCAUCUGGCCCCAGACCUCAAUCUAAUGACACGUAUCAGCUGAGGAGAAGCAAUGAACCUUACCAUCCUCCUCGCCCAUACAAGGCGGAACCUUACACUCGACGUGACGCUAGAGACUCACUAAAUGAUGAGACGUUUGGUGCGUCUGACUCUACAAGUGAAGAUAGAGCUGAAGAAGAAAGAAAAAGAAGAGCUUCUUUUGAGUUGUUGAGGAAGGAACAUCAAAAAGUAUUUCAGGAGAGGCAAAAAUCAAACCCAGACUUACGUAAAAACGACUUCGAUUUUACUGAACUGCUUGGGGAGUCCAAAGAUGAAAAAGAGCGGCCAAGUAGAAGCGAUGAAGUCCAUAACACUCCAUCAGAUCCUGGUUCUAGUAACCACUCUUUUCCCCCUCAAAGUAAUGCGCCCAGGCCGCUUGUACCUCCUGGUUUUGCUAGCACAGUUUUGGAAAGAAAGCAAGGGGGAAAACCUCAAGCUGAAACUUCUCAACAUGAGCGUAGUCCUUUGAAUCCCAAAGGCGUUAAUAUGGUGAAUGCGGGAAUUACGAUAGGCUCAAGUGAGAUGCUGGUAGAAGGUGAAGCUGUUCGUGUCUACUCCCCUGACACAAGUGAAAAGGCUGCUAAUAUACCUUCAUUUGUAGGAAUAUCUACAAAUACAGUUAAUCAGGACAAAAGUUUUGAAAAUAUUUCCUCCAUCUCAACCGCUGCUGAAGCUCAGGGAUAUCCUAUAAAAACUGAGCAGGCUCCAGUAACGCUAGAACACAAGAAAAGCUUGGAGGAUGGGCCAUCAAUUCUCGAUAAGAUAUUCAACACCGCUAUAAAUUUGAAUAGUGGUGACUCCUCUAGUAUAACUCAGAAAAUUGUCGUAAAAGUUGAAGAGACAAGGAGCCCUCAGACUGUUAAAUCCUCAAAGUUCGCACAUCUAUUUCUUGAAGAAGAUAACAAGCCAGACGAAGAUCCCCCAUCUAGCAGGCCACCAGGAGGCUUACUGUCACUACUUCAAGGUGCAGAUAAAUUGCAAGGCCACGCCACUAAAAACAUUGAUAAGUUAAGCAACACAUCCGCAAGUAAACCAGUAACAGCUGUUCCACCUGUUCUUACUUGCGAAGACCUUGAGCAGUCAAUUCUGUCAGAAGUCAGUGAAAUCAAUCUUCCUCCUCCUCCUUCAUUGCCAGUUGACCAAGACUUUAGUGUUUCUUCAUUGAAGAAGACCAAACAACGGAAAGCAUCUGUUGAUGACCAGGCUUCGCAGCACCUUCUUUCUUUAUUACAGAGAAGUGCAGACCCAAAAAGUCAAGAUACGGUAACAGAGACUAGACUACCACCAUCUGUGAAAGCAAGUACUGCCGGAGAAGCAGAUCCGGGGAAGUCUUUGACUCUUGAGAAUCUGUUUGGGAGUGCCUUCAUGAAUGAACUGCAGUCAAUUGGAGAACCAGUCUCGGGAAGAGCUAUGGUUGCUGAUGCUCCUGGGGUCACGCUACGAUCAGACAGGUCUAUGGGUGAACUGAGCCAAAGAAAUCAAAUCAGACCUGACGGUCUCACCGGAGGGCUACAAGGCCUUCCAGGAGAUGGUAACUUCCUUGGCGUUGGCGAUCCUGUAAACCCACAAAAAUACAUGUCUUUUCCAGGAUCUCAUAAUCAGGAGCCUGAAGUAACUUUCGACAUCUCUGGCAAGCUAGCUACUUUAAACUCUGGUCCAAGGAACGAUAGACCAACUAUGGGAGGUCAAGAUGGUCCCUUUCUUCAACGCCAUCCCCAACAAUAUGCUCAUGUAAAACCUCAGCUCGAUUUCAUGGGCCAAGGAAGCAUCAGAGGUCAACAUCAGGAUUCUUCACCAAAUCACCCGUUUCCACCAAACAUGAUUCACCAUCGUCCACCUUUCCAGAAUUCAACAACUAGUGGACUUCCUGAGUUUGAUCAUCUUCCGCCUCAUAUGAUGCAUAUGCAAGACAACCUGCAACGCCAGCAUCUAAUGCAAGGAUUCCCCGGUGGUGGUCCACCACACCAUCAGUCUCCUAAUGUAAACAAUCAAAUGCAGGGUCUCAUCCCCGAGUUAAAUCCAUCACAAGGCUUUCCCUUCGCUCAUCGCCAACCCAACUACGGUAUCCCACCAGGUUCUCAAGUCAACAGAGUUGAACAUCCAGCUUCACUGCAGGCACUCUUGGGGAUUCACCAGAGGAUAGACCCGUCCAAGCAGUCGCCCGCAAUGGGUCAAGCCGGUGGUCCUAAUCGUCAGGGCUCUAUGGGUCAUGAACUGGACCAUGGCUUUGGCUACAGAUAACUCUGCUCUGUCCACAAUCCUCCGAAGAAAGGUUUAUGAAGUCUGUUUAUCUUGCUGCUUGUGGUAUCUGGUAUGUGGAUGCUUAUAAAUAACAGUGGUAGAUUUUGAUGUACUUUCGAGUCCUGUGAUUUGCAUGAUCCAUUUUAGGUUUCUGUUUUUCGAAAUCUGUAGCUCAAAUCUCAAUGUUUCCGUGAGUCGAAACACUCCGCAUCCAUUAUAUGGUUAAAUCUUAUCAAGAACAAAAUCGUCAUGUUUUUAUUUGCAUGUUAUUACAUUUGUAUCAAUACAUGGGGUGGCUUUGGAGUU